AUGGCGGCAGAGCUGUUCGGCGUGCGGCGGUGUGGAUCCGGCGGUGAUGCUCUUCGGCGGAAGGAGAUCGAUGGCCUCGCGGUUGUUUCCGGUAUGAUGUACCCCGAUGAUAUUUCAAGAGAAUUAGCUACUUUAGUCGAUGUUUGUAGGAGUAUCGACGGGGUAGUGGCAAAUGUGGUAGAUGUCAGAGGUGACUUUCGUAGCAAGCAAGACUUUGAUGUCGGAGGUGACUUUCGUAGCAAGCAAGACUUUGAUGUCGGAGUUUCGAUUCCAACACCUAUUGCUCCAUCAAUUGAAGAGGUACAAAUUGCUCCAAAAAUUCCAUUCAUUGACGAGAUGUCGGUUUUUAUGCAUAAAUACAUCGACCGGAUCGUCAAUGUGGUGGGGGACGGUAAUUGCGGAUAUUUGGCCGUAUCGGCUUUGCUUGGUAAGGGAGAGGAUGCCCAUGAGCUUGUCCGUCAUGAUCUUAUCGAAGAGUUGGUGAACCAUAAAGACUCGUACACGCGGGUAUUUGGAGACGAAACUAAAUUUUAA